AUGUCCACCUCUGCUCCAAUUCUUUCCGCAUCGCAGAUCAAUCUGCUGAUCUAUCACUAUUUGAAGGAGAGCGGAUUUCAUCAUUCUUGUUUCAACUUUCGACAUGAAAGCAGGCUGGAUGAUGAACCUCUCAGUCACGAAGCAGUCAUUGAGCCUGGAAGGCUAAUUCAAGUCUUGGAAAAAGGAUUGCUCUAUAUGAGCGUUGAAGCUCAUGUUGACGAUGACGGAAGGGAAAAGCCAUGUUCUGCUCCAUUCUCUAUCAUUGGACCCGAUCAUACUUGCGAUGGAAUAUCAAAAUCCUCCCGGUCACAAUCCGGAAAGCCAUCCGAGGUGCCCCAAAGGCUAACGCCAUCUCCGCCCCCUCGACCCGCUGUCAGAAUGGUGGAGACAUCAGUGCAAACUCAACCGGAGAGGAAAAGUGUUUCUAGAGCGUCAUCCGUUGCACCUUCCAAUGAAGGGUCUACCACAAAUGGGAGGCAUGCGACAUCAGAAGAUCGAUCAUCCAAAGUUGCAUCCACAUCAAAGAGCAAGCUAGAAGUUGUUCCCGAAGAAGCAACAACAUCUGAAGGUGGUAAACGCAAAUCAGACGCAAAGGCAUCCAAAGGGGAGAAGAGAGCGAAGCGUGAUUCGACGCCUAAAGCGAAUGGUCGAGUGACUCCUCUGGAGACUGCUACAAACGGCUCUGAGCAUGAAGAGGGUGAAAGAGAAAACGGAGAAAGUCAAGAAGCCGACUCAACGGCUACAGCGCCUCCUGCAAAGAAGAAUAAGAGGGGCGCAAAUGCAUCGAAAAACACGAAUACGACGAACAACGGAACAACAAAAGGAGCCAACAAGGGUAAUGCCAACGCUUGGGUACCUUCACUAACAGGUAAAGCAAAGGGAAAACAGAUUGGUGCACAGAAUAUCGCAAAACUAAGAGGGCACACCGCAGAGGUUUUCGUAUCGGCAUGGAACCCAGCUGUUCCUGGACUUUUAGCAUCCGGAGCGGGAGAUGCAACUGUACGUAUUUGGGAUCUAGGUGCUGCAUUGAACGGAGGAGAUUUGGUCGAUUUUGAGUCAAUCACGCCAACCGUCUGUAAACAUCUACCCUCAACACAUGCCAAGGAUGUUUCCGCUUUGAGUUGGAAUCCAGAUGGAACACUUCUCGCCAGUGGAUCGUACGAUGGUAUUCUGCGUUUGUGGACACCUCAGGGAGAUUUGCACUUGGUCAUGUCCAUGCAUCAAGGACCUAUUUUUGCUGUUCGCUGGAAUCGCAAGGGUAACUUUAUCCUAAGUGGAUCCGCUGACGGUACGGCAAUCGUUUGGGACCUGAACAGCGGCAAAGUACGACAACAAUUCAGUUCGCAUUCUGAUUCCGUUUUAGAUAUCGAUUGGCUUACAGGGUCGUUGGAUGGAAACCCUUCCAAGGAUGCAGACAAUACACUGGCUACUUGCAGCGCUGAUAACAGUAUCAAUAUUCUUCGCUUAGGUGAGAAUAAGCCGAUAAAGACUUUGAAAGGACAUUCAGAUGAGGUGAAUGCGAUUCGAUUCGAUCCAACCGGUACUUUGCUAGCUUCCGUUUCAGACGAUGCAACAGCUCGGAUAUGGAACCUAGAAACCAUCUUGGGACCCUCUGUGAUCGGAGGAUCAUUGAACGCUCGGAACUCUUCCGGUAACCCAUCGGCGUCAGGUAAACGAAGCAGUACAACGCCUCGGCCGACAAGAGGCGGCAGUGCAGACCGUAUGGACGUGGACGAUGAAUCGAGUGUAGGCGAUACAAGCGGUGGCAUAGCAGGAGAUCUUUUGGGUUCUGGUGCAAACCCGUAUUGUCGCUUUGUUUUAUCAGGUCACAAGAAAGACAUUUUUGCUGUUGCGUGGGCUCCUCACGUCCGAGAAAGUAACACUCCUCGACUCUUGGCUACUGCAUCUUUUGAUAACACAGCCCGAAUCUGGAAUGCAGAAGACGGAUCAUGUUUACGGGUCUUUCAAGAACACACAGAUAGCGUAUACAGCGUUUGCUUUAGUCCCGAUCGAAGAUUUUUGGUGACGGGAGGAAUGGAUCAUCGACUUUUCGUAUCGAGCGUGGAAACGGGCGAUGUUGUGAUGGCACAUGCAGCCGCUGGUGGUAUCUUUGAUGUUUCCUGGCACGCCAAUAGACGACGCAAAGCAAUCGAGGGCGUGAAUGCAAAGGCAGGCAAUACUGGCGAUGCUGAUGCGACGAUGAAAGUGAAGGAAGAAGAAGGCGAGGAGAAGGCUGAAGGAGUAGAAAACAACUCCAACACUGCCACUUUGGACGCCGUGAAUGGAAUGCAGGGACAACAUCAUUUGGCUUUAUCACAAGCGGAUAAAAGCUUGGUUGUUCUCGAUUUGAGUCAACUGAGAUUUCGUAACGAAAUCCAACAAUCAUCGGCGGCCAUUUCAGCUGCUCAACUGAAAGUGGAAGCAGCAAAGAAGAAAGCUAUAACGGAAAGAGAAGGCAUAGAAAUGCAUACCAAAAUGCCUAGCUUGAAUUUGGAUAAAUCUGAACGAAAGGGUUAUAUACCACCCGAACAUCUUUCUCGCAAAACCCCGCCCGGUAUGAAACAAUCGAGAAAUAAGGGCAAGGCAAUUGAAAUUCCUGUGAAGAAGAAGGAAAAGAAGAAAAAGCCUGCUACACUGCUUUUUCCUGAUUCCGGUUCUAGUGAUCCUACAACGUCUGGAGCAGCUAGCUCAAGUAAUACACACGGUGAAAAGGCAGCCAAUUUCGGUGGAGAUCUGGUAUCACAUACAGUCGACUUACAGGCCGUUCGAGCAGCAAUCAAAGCGAGAAAGGAAGCUGAGAAGCUGCAACGAGAAGGGAAAGAGAUGAUCACUUUUCGUUCUGGCUUGAGCCUGAAACAUAGCAUCAUCCCAGGUUACUUGCCACCAACGAAACUUCCAUCAUCACCAAAAACGAAGCGAGAGAAAUCGCAAUGA